AUGUUUUCUGGGUGGAACUGGGUGGCUUAUGGCUUAUAUCUGUUCUUGGAUAUUUGUUCUCUUGAAGUUUCAGGUGGACUUGUACAGUCAUGUGGUCAUAUCAUUCCAGAGUCUCCUGUAUUGGCCCUUGGUUCCAAUUUCACAGCAUUAUGCAUUUUGAAUGAGAGCUGUCUUGACUUUGGCAAUAUAUAUGCUAAUCAAAUUAUCUGGAAAAUUAAAAAUAGAGUGGUACCUAAAGAACAAUAUCAUGAAAUAAACAGAACGGUUUCCAGUGUCACAUUUAAUGACACUUCUUCACUAGCUACUCCUCUGACCUGCAACAUUUUAGCAGAUGGACAGAUUGAGCAGAACGUUUAUGGAAUUACAGUUACGUUAGGCUUGCCCCCAGAGAAGCCCAAGAACUUAAGUUGUGUUGUGCAUCAGGUGUCAAAACUCACAUAUCCUAUGACUUGUACCUGGAACCCUGGAAGGCACAUGUUCCUGGACACUCAUUUUAGGUUGAAAUACAGAUGGCCACGAGAUAACUUUCCUGACUGCAUACCAAAAGAUGUAAAUAAUUCUUGUACCAUUACUGAUGUUCAGUUCUUUGUUAACCUGGAAGUCUGGGUAGAAGCAGCAAAUGCUCUUGGGAAGGCUGAAUCUGAUCCUCUUGUUUUUGAUCCCAUUGAGAUUGUUAAACCUCUGUCUCCACGCAACUUAUCAGUCAACUCGGGAAUACUGCCUACUGUUCUGAAGCUUUCCUGGGAGAACCGGAUUUCAGCAGCUGUGAUGAAACUGAAAUUCAAUAUUCGCUAUAGGAUCAUUGGUGAAACAAAUUGGAUGAAGGUUCCUCCUGAAGAUACAGCUUCACCAAGAACUUCAUUCAGUGUUCAAGGGCUCAGACCCUACACAGAGUAUGUCUUUUCAAUUCGUUGCAUGAAGGAAGAUGGAGUGGGCUACUGGAGUGACUGGAGUGAAGAGAAAACUGGAGUCACCACUGAAGAUAAACCGUCUAAAGGACCACCCAUAUGGAGGAUCAUUGAUGCAUCUCACUCGCCAGCUUCCUGGACUGUGCAUCUGAUGUGGAAGGCAUUGGAGUCAUUUGAAGCCAAUGGAGUAAUCUUGCAGUAUGAAGUGACUGUCAGAGCUAAAUCAUCUCUCUCCAGUCCAUCAGAGAAAUACAAUGUUAAUACCACCAACCUUACACUAAAGCUGCCAAAUGGAACUUAUGAAAUGACUGUGAUUGCCCAUAACAGAGUUGGGGCAUCCCCUCCGUCGAUUUUACUUAUCCCAACAAGUAAUUCAAAAGCUCCUGUGAAGAAUAUUAGAACACUACCUAAAGAUGGCAAGUUGUGGGUAGGGUGGACUGCUCCUAACAAUUAUGUUCUUAAAUAUGUGAUCGAAUGGUGUCUGGUGUCCAACAGCUCAGACUGCAUCAUAGAAUGGCAGAACGAACCAGGGAAUGUUCAAGGAACAUACUUAAAAGGUGAUAUAAAGCCGUUCAAGUGUUACUUGAUAACUGUGUACCCUCUAUAUGCUGAUGGUCAGGGAAGUGGACAGUCUGUGAAAGCUUAUCUUCAGCAGGAUCGUCCUUCAAAAGGACCAACUGUUCAGACAAAAAAAGUAGGAAAAGCUGAAGCUGUUUUGACAUGGAACCAUCUCACAGUGGAUGAGCAAAAUGGAUUUAUCAGAAGUUACACAAUAUUUUACAAAACUGUCGAUGGAAAUGAAACAGCUGUGACAGUGGAUUCUUCCAAGACAGAAUAUACCCUUUCUUCUCUAACCAGUGACACACUGUAUACUGUGCGGAUGAUGGCAUACACAGAUGAAGGAGGCAGGAGUGGUCCUGAUUUUACGUUUACUACACAAAAAUUUGGGAAGGGAGAAAUUGAAGCCAUAGUUGUACCUGUGUGUCUAGCGUUCCUGUUGAUUGUACUCCUUGGAGUUUUGUUUUGCUUCAACGAAUGUGACUUAAUUAAAAAGCAUAUCUGGCCUAAUGUCCCUGAUCCAUCCAAGAGUAACAUUGCUAAGUGGUCUCCUCAAGUUCCAGCUAAGCAUAACUUUAGUUCCAAAGAUCAGAUGUACCCAGAAGGCGGCUUUACAGAUGUAAGCGUCGUAGAAAUAGAAGCUGAUGACAAGAAGUCUUUUUCAGAACAAGAUCUAAAACCCUUUGACUUGCUUAAAAAGGAAAAAAGUACUUCAGAAGGGCACAGCAGUGGUAUUGGAGGAUCCUCGUGCAUGUCUUCUCCUAGGCAAAGUGUCUCUGACAGCGACGAAGGUGAAACUACACAAAACACUUCAAGCACUGUACAGUAUUCAACUAUAGUACUUAAUGGCUAUAGAGACCAAACACCUCUACAAGUCUUUUCAAGGUCUGAGUCAACUCAGCCACUGCUAGAUUCAGAAGAGAGAUCAGAGGAUCACACUGGAGGGAGUGACAGUACAACACAGAGGCAGCAGUAUUUCAAACAGAAUUGUGGUCAGCAUGAAACCAACACAGACAGGCCAUGCUUCGAAAGAGCAAAGCAAAUUACUCCUGCUAACGAGGGGGAUCUUGUUGGAUUUGCACAACUGCAGAUCUCAGGUCCGAGUUCACAGCCUUUGGGCCUUGGGCUGGAAAAAAAUACCCAGGAAGCUGCUCUAUCAGAUGUUUUACAGACAAGUACUGAAGGACAAACUGUAAGACCUGAAACAGUGGAAGGAAAUCCACUGUCAGUUGAUGAAAUACCAAAAAGUUACCUCCCGCAGACUGUGAGACAAGGGGGCUAUAUGCCUCAGUGAGAGAAGAGACUGGCUCUAUUUAGGCCUUCAUUAAUGCCUGUUCACACUUUCUCCUGUGUUUCUGAUAAAUUAAGCUAGGUAUUUUUAUCUGAAUGCAGAUAGCAAUAUUGAAAUUAAGUGAAGAAUAAUUUAACAAAGUAAAAUAAGGACUGUGUUUCUGUGGAAAAUUUGCAGUCCAGACCUACUGGAGACUUACUUUCAUGCACUACAUAAAAUCUUAUUUGUCUGAAUAGCUGAACAAGCCUUUUUACUACCUUGCUUUUUUUUUUGUCUUGUCAUAUCAGAUUUACACAUGAUUGAAAAUGGCAAGCUUCAAUUAAUCACAUCAGCCAAUAGACCUCUUAAAAGAAAUACUUUGAUUUGUGAUGGUGUACAAGCCUAAAAAGCCAGCUUUAGUUGCUUGGAGCAUCUUUGUGCAAAAGUAAGGCUGAAGUUUAAUAUUCUAACAUGGAAGAAUACUUGCAUCAUAUACUUUUCAGUAGCUUGACUGACUUUCUGAAUUUUGACUUGGCCCAGCGUCACAGUUUCCAACUUACCAGACAUGCAAAUCAUGU